GAGAGGCACGAUGACCGAGCAGCAGAGUCCCCCCGAGCAGAUGGUGACUGGGGAGGGCGCUGGUGAGCGCGGUGGCAAUUAUAAGAUCACCAUCUAUGAGCUGGAGAACUUCCAGGGCCGCAGGUGUGAGUUGAGCGAGGAGCUCCCCAACGUGGUCGAGAAAGCUCUGGAGAAGGUGGGCUCCAUCCAGGUGGAGUCCGGCCCGUGGCUGGGCUUUGAGCGGCAGGCCUUUGCUGGGGAGCAGUUUGUGCUGGAGAAGGGUGACUACCCGCGCUGGGACUCCUGGUCCAACAGCCACAACAGCGACAGCCUCAUGUCCCUCCGCCCCCUCCAGAUCGACAGCCCUGACCACAAGAUCCACCUCUUUGAGAAUGCUGGCUACACCGGCCGCAAGAUGGAGAUCGUGGAUGACGACGUGCCCAGCCUGUGGGCCCACGGCUUCCAGGAUCGGGUGGCCAGCGUCCGGGCCCUGAACGGAACGUGGGUGGGCUAUGAGUACCCGGGGUAUCGGGGCCGCCAGCACGUCUUUGAGAAGGGCGAGUACCGGCACUGGAACGAGUGGGAUGCCAACCAGCCCCUGAUGCAGUCGGUGCGCCGCGUGCGGGACCAGCAGUGGCACCAGCGUGGCUGCUUCGAGAACAGCUGA